AUGAGAACCCAAGAAGAAAAAGAUAAAUGGGAUAACUUCUGGAUUUUGAAAUCUGUCGGAAGGGAGGAAUUCACAGGAAAAGAGAAGGAAGCUCGUACCGAACUGGACGCGAAAGUAUGGGAGCGGUUCAAUAACACAGUACAGCGCCGACCCGAUGGGUACUACGUGCGCUUACCGUGGAUUGAGCAACAUCCGUACCUACCAGACAAUAAAGCCCUAGCCUAUAGACGAUUAGUUAACGUAUGGGCAUCAAUAAGCAAAGAAGACACGCUUUUAAAGCAAUACAAUAAGAUCUUCCGAGAGCAACUUCGCAACAACAUCACUGAACAAGAAGAGGAGUCGACAAAUGAUGCUACGGGAGAACAGAUCCACUAUAUUCCUCACCAACCCGUGAUUACCCAGAAAGCGAGAAUCAAAUUAAGAAUCGUCUUCGACGUUUCAGCACACUAUAAAAAUUAUGCUAGCUCAGCUUCUAUGACCGCCUGUACUUAUCUAUGCUACAGCGCUACGUCAUCUCUCGUCAUGGCAACAUCAAUACUUCCAUCUCUCCAAGUGAAAUACACUACUCCCGGCCGAUGCACCAAAUAUAGUGUUCUUAAAGAUUUAUUUCUGACGAAUUCACUAAUAUUGAUCACCUGGUUAGAUGCCCUGACGCGAGAAUAUUGUCCUCGAUAUUGUCCGGUCGAUGUUGUUGGUUGCUGCGACGUGGACGAUGGUGAACAAGACGAAACGGCAGCACCGAAGCUGGAGCUUUGCUGA